AUGACAACUUCACCUCCCCAAGGCUGUGGCAACAUCAAUGCCGACUACUACCCGCUUUGUGACACAGAAAGGGCCUGGGGGAUUGUCCUGGAGUCACUGGCUGCAGCAGGCAUCCUCAUCACCAUUUUCCUCAUCUGCUCGCUCUUUUUUCUCAUCUGUAAAGUCCAAGACAACAGCAAGCGUCACAUGAUCUCCAUCUAUUUUUUCUUUCUCUUAGGCACACUCGGCGUUUUUGGUCUCACUUUUGCCUUCAUCAUUAAACUCAAUAACAGGACUCGCCCCACUCGUUUCUUCCUAUUUGGAGUCAUCUUUGCUCUCUGCUUCUCAUGCCUCCUCACCCAUGCAUGCAACCUCAGCAAACUAGUGAGAGGAAGAAAGCCCUUCUCCUGGCGGGUGCUGCUGCUCCUCAUUGUUUCCUUUGCCCUGGUACAAGUUGUGAUCAGCAUUGAGUACUUAGUCACCAUGCUAGUAAACCAGAGAGACACGUUUCUGACUAUGUCUCGGGAGGAUACCAACAAGGACUUUGUCAUGCUUUUGAUCUACGUGCUCUUCUUGAUGGCUCUCACCUUCUUGGUUUCCAUGUUCACAUUCUGUGGGUCAUACAAAAGGUGGAAGAGGCACGGGGCACACAUCUUUGUCACUGUACUGUUCUCCAUUGCCAUUUGGGUAGUAUGGAUCACUAUGCUCAUAAAAGGCAACACAGUUUUAAACAAAGAAAUCUGGGAUGAUCCUGUUGUGGCCAUCGCUCUGGUAUCCAAUGGUUGGAUUUUCCUAAUAAUGUAUAUUGUCCCUGAAAUUUGUUUCCUCACUGCUCCUCUGAGGCAAGAGGACUACCCUCCAGAAAAUGACUUAUGCCAACCUAAAUUCAUAAAGCAGGCAACUGGAGUGGACAAUCGUGCCUACACCCAAGAUGAAAUUGUACAAGGAGACCUCAACUACUCCCCAUACACAUCUAAUUUUCAGAUGAAGACCAUUGAACCCCAGAAUGAUUUCUCCAUCCCUCGUGCCAAGGCCCGGACCAGCCCAUACCAUGACUACACUGGUGGGAAAAAUCCCAUGUAG